AGUUGUCAGAGAUGUUUUGGUAUUGUGUUGAUGCUUAGUCAAAAAAAUUGUAUAUAAACUCGAUGAAGUUUACGGAGAACAUCACAAGUCAUCUUGCUUUCAGCAGAUAAACAAUCCCUCAAUCUUUUUGAAAACAGCCAAACUUAAUUCAACAUGAAGUUCGUCAUUGCCGUAGUCAUGUUGGCUUUAGCCGCAGGAGCUCAAUCCGGAUAUGUUCCUCUUCCAUAUUUGGCUUCACCUUUGUCAUACACCGCUGUUAGUGGUCCUGGAUACUAUGCUGCUGCUCCAGGAGCUGUAGCCGUGCAUGCUUCUCCACUUGUAAGUGCCUACUCUGCUCCUGCUAUCACCGCCUACUCCGCCCCAGUUGUUGCACCAGCUGUCGUUGCCGCUGAAGGAAGUUAUGUAGCCCAAAACCGUGGUGCCGUACAUGUUGCCCCAUUGCCAGGACACCUCAACUCUGCCGCUUCAGUCAACUUGGAACCCGCACCAGGAACCUUGUAAAUAUUUGCCAGAGACUUGAUGAAUGGUUGAUACCAAAUAUGUACAAUAUUGCUGCCUGCCUUCUUUAAAUUCGGUAUUCCGAUAUUCUGUGUUUGUGAAAUAAAGAUGUCUUCAACUGAAAA